UUCGAGAGAAAAAAGCUCCUCCAAAUCCAAUGAAGAAUACAUGCAAGUUACUGGUGGUAGCAGACCAUCGUUUUUACAAGUACAUGGGCAGAGGGGAAGAGAGCACAACUACAAAUUACUUAAUUGAAUUGAUUGACAGAGUUGAUGACAUCUAUCGAAAUACAUCUUGGGACAAUGCAGGUUUUAAAGGUUAUAGCAUACAGAUAGAGCAGAUUCGUAUCCUCAAGACACCUCAAGAGGUAAAACCUGGUGAAAAGCACUUUAACAUGGCAAAAAGUUAUCCCAAAAAAGAGAAGGAUGCUUGGGAUGUGAAGUUGUUACUAGAGCAAUUCAGCUUUGAUAUAGCUGAAGAUGCAUCAAAAGUUUGUCUUGCACAUCUUUUCACAUAUCAAGAUUUUGACAUGGGAACUCUUGGAUUAGCAUAUGUUGGAUCUCCCAGAACAAACAGUCAUGGAGGUGUUUGUCCAAAAGCUUAUUAUAGCUCAGUUGGGAGAAAGAACAUCUUUCUGAAUAGUGGCUUGACCAGCACAAAAAAUUAUGGCAAAACCAUCCUUACAAAGGAAGCUGAUUUGGUUACAACUCAUGAACUGGGACACAAUUUUGGAGCAGAACAUGAUCCUGAUGGUUUAGCAGAAUGUGCCCCAAAUGAAGAUCAAGGAGGAAAAUACGUUAUGUAUCCAAUAGCUGUGAGUGGAGACCAUGAGAAUAAUAAGAUGUUUUCAAACUGCAGUAAACAAUCCAUCUUCAAGACUAUUGAAAGUAAGGCUCGGGAAUGUUUUCAAGAACGAAACAACAAUGUAUGUGGGAAUUCCAGAGUGGAUGAAGGAGAAGAAUGUGAUCCUGGCAUUAUGUAUCUGAACAAUGACACCUGUUGCAAUGCAAACUGUACUUUGAAAAAAGGAGUUCAGUGUAGUGAUAGAAAUAGUCCUUGCUAUAAAGACUGUCAGUUUGAGACAGCUGAGAAGAAAUGCCAAGAGGCCAUUAAUGCUACCUGCAAAGGUGUAUCCUACUGUACAGGUAACCGCAGUGAAUGUCCCCCUCCUGGAAAUGCUGCAGAUGAUACUGUUUGCUUGGAUUUAGGAAAGUGUAAAGAUGGAGAGUGUAUUCCCUUUUGUGAGAGGGAGAAGAAAAGGGGGAGCCACAGGUAACCCUAGAGAGCUUCUAAAUCUAGCCCUUUAUACUAUUAACUUCUUGAUUUUUGACAAAGAUGCACUGGAUCUGGCAGACAGGUUUUAUAACCCACCGGAAGGGCAGUGUCCAGUGCGAGCAGCUCCACUAUCUUUAGAUAAUCGCCAGGUGAUGUGGAGAGACCCAGAAAGUGGUGAAUGGAAGGGACCAGAUAGGCUAAUUGCUUGGGGGAGAGGGUUUGCUUGUAUCUCUACAGGUGGAGAAGGAAUCAGAUGGGUGCCAACAAGCCAUAUUUGCCUUGUCCAUUGCAGAGAGACAGAGCAGACCCUUGAAACAAAGGAGAAGACCCAAGAAACAUCGGGUGGUUCUGUUGCUGAUUGUGCUCACCACUGAAAGAGUGUGGCAGUUAUGGCAUUUGACUCAUGGACAUAGAAAAUCAUUGGACUUCAAAACCCUCAGAAAUCAUUGGAUUCUCUGAGACAUUAGAUUGUUGUAGGACUUUAAAUCCUUCAGGAAUCAUUGGAUUCUUUGAGACAUAAGACUUGAAAGCGCUCAGGAAUCAUUGGAUUCUCUGAGAAAUGAUAUGACUGUUACAGGACUUCAAAAUCUGCUGGAAUCAUUGGAUUCCCUAAGACAUAAAAAGACUUUUGCUGGACUUCAAAAACUUGGGGGGAAUCAUUGGAUUCCCUGAUAUGUGAAGCAAUGGACAAUAGAUUGGUUUUGGACUAUCUCUUGGCUUCUGAAGAAGAUUUAUGUGUGACUGCUGUUUACAUACUCUCCUUCUAGGACUUCUGGCAAUCUUUUACAACACAAUGUUGAUUCAUAUUUUUUGUUAUACCCUUAAUUGGGUGAAUAAUUCAUGUUUGUUACACCACAUCAAGCCUGCACUGACUGUGGGGAGAAUCAUCACUAAUAGCCUCUGCGUUGUUGCUAUGUGCUUGUGUAAUAUUUCCCAUGCUGAUGGGUUUGUGCAUAAUAAGACCCUUGAGCCCAGAAACCUGCUAGCAACCCCCACUUCCCUUUGGUGCUUUUCAUCUCCCUUCCUGAGAUGUCAGGGAGGGUGUGAUUAUCUCCUUUUUAAUGCUUUCACCUCCCUUCCUGAGAAGUCAGGGGGGUCGUGAUCACCUCCUUUUCGGUGCUUUCACCUCCUUUCCUGGGAAGUCAGGGAGGAUGUGAUCAUCUCCCCUUGGGGGCUCUGAUCUCCCUGAGGAGUCAGGGAUGGCAUGAUCACCUGUGUUCAAAAACAAAAGAAAGCGGGAGAUGUAAUGGGCUGAGGCUUGAGUUGAUGCACUGAGGUCCCAAGCACAUGAGGCUAAAUAGUAAUUGGACCAUACUCUAUUAAUAUAUAAGCUUGGAGAAAGAAUGGCCCCCGCCUACUCUUUGUGCAAGUCCUGAUGUGUUGUAUAGGAAAUGUCGAUUCUGGUGGGUGGAGGCAGGGGAGUGAAAAAGGAAAGGGAGGAGAGCUCAGCCCUCACUUGCUCUGCUAGCUGGCUUCCUGUCGCAGCUGCCCAUAUUGCUGUCGCAAUCCUUCUUGCCCAUAUUGCUAUCGCAAUCUUUUUUCACCUCUUCACUUGAAUAAAGACUGAAGAUUUUUCCCUUAACCUGAGUUCCUGACUCCGGCUGAUUUUAAAUACACGAUCAUUACAACAGAUUACUAAUUCUGUAUUUUCCUCCAUCAUAGUUUUCCCAAGUUAUACUUUUCUCUCUCCUUUUACCCAUUUUCUCUUCACCAAUGUUUUGCUUCUGACCCUACCUCUCUCAAUCUUCUUUUUCAACCACCCCCUUUCAUUUCUCUAUUAUCUUCUACUUCUUCCUUCCCUUCUAUUAGCCUCCCCCUUUCCUUUCCCUUUUCCCCUCCUAUUACACUAGGGUAAGAUAAAUUUCUAUGCCAAACUAAGUAUUUGUUAUUACUUUUGAAUAAAAUCUGAUGAGAUUAAGGUUUAAACAAUACUCAUUUUUCCCUCCACUCCUUGUCUCAACCAUAAUAGGUCUUUUGUGCCUCUUCAUGUGGCAUAAUUUAUCUCAUUCUACCUCUCCUUUCCUCUUCUCCCAGGACAAUCACUUUUCCACCCCUAAUUUCUUUUGUAUAUCACAUUAAAGUCAACUUUUAACUACAUUCUCUAAGAAUAUCCCUUUUAAUUGUCCUGAUGAAUUAACACUUCUUAAAAGUUACAUAUAUCUUUUUCCCAUACUAGGAUGUAUGAUAACUUUUAAAAUAUAUUUUUUUUUCUUUUUCCUUUUACCUUUUCAUGUUUUCUUGGAUUUUGUAUUUGGAGAACAAAUUUUCUGUUCUUUCAGGAAUGACUGAAAAACUCCUAACUUACUGAAUGUUGUCUUUUCCCCUAAAAGAUAAUGCUUAAUUUUAUUGGAGAACUGAUUCUUGGUUGUAGUUCAAGCUCCCUUGCCUUUCAGAAUAUCAUAUUCCAAGUCCUCCAAUUCUUUAAUAUGGAGGCUGCUACAUCUUGAAUAAUCUUGAUUAUGAUUCCUCAACGUUUUGUUUCUUUCUGGAUGCUUGCAGUAUUUUCUCCUUAAUCUGAUAAAUCUGGAAUUUAGUUAUAAUAUUGCUUGAAGUUUUCACUUUGUAGUUUCUUUCAGGAGGUGAUCAGUCUUUUUUUUUUUUUUUUUUUUUUUUGCUGAGGCAAUUGGAGUUAAGUGACUUGCUCAGGGUCACACAGUUAGUGUUGCUUGUCUGAGAUCAGAUUUGAACUCAGAUUCUCCUGACUUUAGAACUGAUGCUUUAUCCACUGUGCCAACUAGCUAAUUAGUAAGUCUUUCAAUGAAUAUUUUAUCCUCUGGUUCUAGGAUAUCAGGGUAGUUUUCUUUUGAAAACUUUUUGAUUUCUUGAAAAAUUUUGUCUAAGCUCUGUCAACAUGAUUUUCAGGUAGUUCAACAAUUCUUAGAUUUUCUUUCCUGGAUCUGUUUUCUAGGUCAGCUGUUUUUCAUGAAGUAUUUUACACUAUUUUCUUUUUUUUUUUUUUUUCAUUUUUAUUUUGUUUGGCUUUUCUUGAUUUCUCGUUGAGUCAUUCACUAACAUUUGUCCAAUUCUAAUUUUUAGUGAAUUAUUUUCUUCAGUUAGCUUUUUUUUAACCUGUUGCAUUUGGCCAAUUAUACUUUUAAAGGAACUGUUUUGUUCAGUGGAUUUUGUUUUCCUAUUCUGCAAAUUCUAUUUUUUUUAAGAGUUGUUUUCAGUACUUUUUUUCCCAUUUCACCAAAUGUAUUUUUUAAGGAAUUGUUUUCUUUAGUCAAUAGCUGUGCUUCCUUUUCCAAACUUUCAUAACUCUCCUACAACACUCAUUUUUUUCCCUAAUUUUCUUUGAUUUCUUUUAAGAUCCUUUCUGAACUCUUCCAAGACAGCCUUUUGAACUGGGGACCAGUUCAUAUGCUCCUUUGAGAGUUGACCAGAAGGCAUUUUGCCUUUGCUGUGCUCUUCUGGGUUUGUGUUCUGGUCUUUCCUGUCUCCAUAGUAACUAUAGUCACAGCUCCUUUUAUUUUUUUCCUCAUUUUUAAAGAUUGAUCUGCUCUUAGGGCACAAAGGAGAUUGUCCCAAGCUUCCUCUGCAAGGCGACAGGAGCUUCUCACUGAAUGCACUAGAGCCAGUGCUGCAGAUUGCCCUCCAUUCUGAGUGGCUUAGUCAAGUCCCGCUUGCUAUAUUGGGGUUCAAGGGCUCAUAAUUUGCCUUCUGUAGUUGCACUGGAGAUUUCACAGCUGGUCUCUAGGUUUCCAUUACACUAUUCUUUUUUUUUUUUUUUUUUUUUUUUUUUGUGAGGCAAGUAGACAUAAAUUACUUAUCCAGGGUCACACAGAUGGGAAGUGUUAAGUGUGUGAAACCGGAUCUGAAUCCUUAUGUUCAUUCCCCAUAUCAAAUACGUUGACAAGUUUUAUCAAUUUUAUCUGUAUAACAUUGUUCACUCAUAUACCAUGUCCCAUUUUUUCCUCUGACACUGCCACAAUAGUAAGUUCAAAAUCUCAUCACUUCAUAUCUAGACAGUACCCUGAUGACUGGUCUCUCUUGUACAAGUCUCAUGCCACUGUUGUCUAUCUUUUCAGACUGAUCUUCUUACAGCACAAAUCUAACCAUACACCCCCUAUUCAAUAAAUUCCAUUGGCUCUCUACCACCUUCAGGAUCAAACAUAAAAUCUUUUGUGGGGCAUUCAAAAUCCUUCAUAAUCUGCCUCCCUAUCUUUCCAGUAUUAUACAUGUAUUCUAUGAUUCAGUGAUGCUGUCCUUCACACAAGAUACUCUAUCCCCUAACUCUGGCCAUGUCUUUUAGCUGUGUUCCCCAAACCUGGAAUUCCCUCCUUCCCUUAUCUCUACCUUCCUGACUUCCCCUGCUUCCUUUAAAUCCAAAUUAAAAUCCCAGUUUACAAGAAAACUUCUCUUAAUAAGUACCUUCUCUUAAUAAUUGAAACUGGAAGCUAAUCACCAAAUGAAAUACUAUGAAAGAGCCCAGGAAAAAGCUCCAUGGAAAUCUAGGAAAGAAGACAGAACAAUCAGAUAGAAAGAAAAUCAGAUGAGUAGUGUGAUAGAAAGGGCAGCUAGAUGGUGCAGUGGAUAGAGCACCAGCCUUGGAAUCAGGAGGAUCUGAAUUCAAAUCCAGUUUCACACACUAUAUGUCAAGCCUUUGUAAAUUAUCUCUAAUUUGUCUGGCAUUAUUAAGCUCAUUUGUUCAUAUCAUUAAACUAUAAUACCCCUAUUUAUUUAUUCAAGUAUAAAGUAUGAUCUUCUUUAGCCUUUGAAUUAAAGUUAUCUGAAAUUUCAUUGAAAUUCUUCACCAGUGCAGAUCUUAAUUCUAUUAUUCCUUUAUCAUCAGGGGUAUACUGUGGAUAAAAAAGUUUUUCUAGCUUGGCAAGAGGUACAAAAGAUUUUGUGUUCCACUAGCCAAGUUUUUGAGGACCCAGAGUUACUUCCAUAUCAUGACAGAGAAAUAAGGGCAAAUAAAGACACAAGAGGAAGACUUGGAUGGAAGGAGGACUCACACAUGCACAAAUUCUUUUUGGAUCAAACCAAGUAAUUUUAUCAAUGUAGAGGAUCUCUAGUGGAAAUUUCCUCUAUCCAUGCAAACAAAUAUGCAACAUCGGUAAUUUAUAGUCUUACAAUUACCUGGAGCACUAAGACUAAUACGAGACUAUUAUCACAGUUAGUCAAUGUCAAAGCUGGAGUUUUAAAUCCAGAUCUUCUGGACUCCAAGGCUGAUUCGCUUAUCAUAUGCAUACACAGAUAACAAAACAUCUCAUUUUAUCAUUUAUAUAUUAAAGAAAAUUCUUAUUUGACUAAUUAAACAAGAUACUAGCUUCCCAGCUGUUCUUGGAACAAGCCACUCUCAUUUUCCAUUUCCACUGCUGUUUCUCAUGUCUGGAAUGUUCUCCUUCCACUUGUCCACUUACUGGGUCCCCUUCUACAAGAAAUCUUUUCUGAUCCCUCAGUUAAUUACUUCCAAAUUAUUCUGUCUAUAUCUCCUUUGUGGAUAGUUAAUGUAUGUUUUUACCCUCAGUAAACUGUGAGUUCCUUUGGAGUGGGGGCUGUCUUUUGCCUUUCUGUGUGCUAAGAAAAUAUUUUGCACAAUACUGGUAUACAGUAAGCAUUUAAAAAAUACUAACUAGAAUACUAACUAGUAAAAAUACUAACAAGAAUUAGAGCUAUGCCUUUGGGUCUCUGUCUUCUUUCACAAUAUGUUUUU